AUGUCAACGAAGAGCCCCAAGUUAGUACUCUUUCGCGGCUGGCCCGAAAAGGGGGUCUACAGCUGGUCCCCCUUUGUGACAAAAGUCGAGUUUCGGUUUCGGCACGCUGGAUUGGCCUAUGACGUCGAAGCCGGUUCGGUCAAGGUUGCACCGAAGGGUAAAAUCCCCUAUGUUGAUCUCGGGCCCCUUGAAGUCGAUAGCGAAAAGGGGCACUCUUUCCUGGGAGACUCAACGUUCAUCAUUCAGAGGCUCUUAAGCAUGGGUCAUCUUCCGGAUCUCAAUGAGAGCUUGCCCAAACAACUGAGGCUGGAAGAUCUUGCUCUUCGAGCUCUGCUGGAAGACAAGUUGUAUUUCUACCAUAUGCGCGAGCGGUGGCUCGAGAACUUCUACGUCCAAAGGGACAAAGCUCUGUGGUCGAUGCCGUUUCCAGUCCGCGUACUUGUUGGAUAUCUCAUCUCUCGGAGCAUCACAAACACCUUGCACGGUCAAGGAGUCGGACGUCUGAGUGGCGAAGAAGUGCGAAGCCUGAAGACGGAGAUCUGGCAGACGAUCGACAACGUUCUUGAAUGUAGGUUGCGACAUGCUUCGGGUGAUCAUGACCUUGUUUGGCUGCUGGGAGGUGAACAACCCACUGAAGCCGAUGCAACCAUGUUCGGUUUCAUAACUUCUGUGCUCGUCAGUGACAGCGCUCCAGAGUCAAAGAAGCUUGUAAAAACCUUCUCAAGCGUCGUCACGUACGCAGAAAGGAUACACAAUCACUUCUUCCCGGAUUACGAGAAAUGGAGAUGA